AUGUCGGCUUCGCUCCUUGUCAAGCAGGCCAUGAGGGCCACCCCCCUCAUGGCUUCAUUCCGUCCCGCCACCGCCUCGGCCAUCAGAUUCAACUCGACCUCUACAUCCGUCAUCGAGACCCGGGAACCCGUUGCUCUCCAGGCCGAGAUCGUCAGCGGAGCCCCUGAGGAGAUCCGUAUGCAGCCUUGCCGCAUCUUCAAGCAGUCCAAGGCUUCAACCCAGUCCGGAAUCACCAACACUGGCGUCUGGAGAUUGGAUUUCGAUACCCAGCUCCAGGCCGGCCGCUUCGAGAACGAGCUCAUCGGAUGGGCCUCCAGCGCUGACUACAUGCAGGCUCUUCAGAUGAAGUUCAUCUCCAAGGAGGACGCCAUCGCUUUCGCCGACAAGCAGGGAUGGGAGUUCACUGUUCAGGAGCCCAACCAGAAGAUCUUCAAGAAGAAGAUCUAUGCUGAUAACUUCAAGUACUCACCAAAGAAGCUUCGUUUCGUCAAGACCAAGUAA